GCACAACACAUCGCCAUUUUCAGCGGGUUGGGAGCUUUGCCGACUGGAACAGCAAAUAAAUAGGUCACAAGAUCCUAGAAAGGAACAUCAAGGAGCAGUCUCGGAUUUUAUUCGUCUGUCUCACUGCACUGAACCUACUGACCUAGAGCAAAUGAUCGUGAUCAGUUGGGCCGCUCGAAUGAAGUGUUCCAGCUCAGGCCCGGGCUGAUGUGAUUAAUUGAUCGCCUUUCUAAUUGCGACUUAAAAAUAAAGCAGAAUGAAAAGAGGGCAGAAGAGAGAAGAUCAGCAGGAGGAUGGAGGAGGCCCAAGCCUUGGUUUCCCUGAAACCUGCAAAAAGCUUCGUAUCAAGGGUUCAGAGGAACUGCUGCAAGAUCAGGGGAGCUGCAACUCAGAGAGCAGAGUAGACUGGGGCUGCUUGCCUCAGGAGAUCCUUCUGCAGAUUUUCCAGUACCUGCCCUUGCUGGAUCGGGCGUUUGCCUCACAGGUGUGCAGGGGCUGGAACCAAGCUUUCCACAUGCCAGAGCUGUGGAGGUGCUUUGAGUUUGAGCUCAACCAACCUGCCAGCUCUUACUUGAAGGCCACACACCCAGACCUCAUCAAGCAAAUCAUCAAGAGACACUCCAACCACCUUCAGUAUGUCAGCUUCAAGGUGGACAGUAGCACCGAGUCUGCAGAAGCAGCCUGUGAUAUCUUGUCUCAGCUGGUGAACUGCUCGCUCAAGACUUUGGGGCUUAUAUCCACAGCUAGACCCAGCUUCAUGGAGUUGCCUAAGUCUCAUUUCAUCUCAGCCCUGACUGUGGUUUUCGUAAACUCCAAGUCCCUCUCCUCACUGAAGAUUGAUGACACACCAGUAGAUGACCCGUCACUCAAAGUUCUUGUGGCCAAUAACAGUGACACGCUCAAGCUGCUGAAGAUGAGCAGCUGCCCUCAUGUCUCACCUGCAGGCAUUCUUUGUGUGGCUGACCAGUGCCAUGGCCUACGUGAGCUUGCACUAAACUACCAUCUGCUGAGUGACGAGCUGCUACUGGCAUUGUCAUCUGAACGUCAUGUGCACCUUGAGCAUCUACGGAUUGAUGUGGUGAGUGAGAACCCAGGGCAGAUGCAGUUCCAUACCAUCAAGCGCAGCAGCUGGGAGGCAAUGGUUCGCCACUCGCCCAAGUUCAGCCUUGUCAUGUACUUCUUCCUGUAUGAGGAUGAGUUUGGGCCAUUCUUCUGUGAUGAGGUGCCUGUAACACACCUCUACUUCGGCCGCUCAGUAAGCAAGGAGGUGCUAGGCCGUGUGGGGAUGACGUGCCCUCGCUUGAUUGAGCUAGUAGUAUGUGCCAAUGGCCUGCGCCCUCUCGACGAAGAGCUCAUUCGUAUUGCUGAGCGCUGUCAGCAUCUGUCAGCCAUUGGCCUAGGGGAGUGUGAGGUCUCCUGCAGCGCAUUUGUGGAGUUUGUGAAGAUGUGUGGCCGCCGUCUCUCUCAGCUCUCCAUUAUGGAAGAGGUACUAGUCCCCGACCACAAAUAUGGCCUUGACGACAUCCACUGGGAGGUGUCGAAGCAUUUGGGCCGUGUCUGGUUCCCUGAUAUGAUGCCCACUUGGUAGGGUACAGCCACACCACUGUGCAUGGGGUUUACCCACUUCUGCAAACCAAGCCUUGCUCUACCCACAACUUCAACUCAUAAUGGAGUCAAUAUUCCUGGAGAAAUGACACACAUUUCACGGAAUUCACAGUAUUACCUGGAGGUUUUUUAGUUGAAAUUUUAGAAGCACUGCAGCUUUAACCAACUGCCACUACAAAAAAAACACGCUCCUAACUUGUCUAGUGUGAAAUCAAAUACACUUUAGUCCUGUGUUGAAUAUUUUUAUUUAUAAGUUUGAAAGCUGAUUUAUUUGUAAAUUAUUACCCCUCCACCAUUCUUAUUAUCAUAGUAGUAUUACUUAUUACGUGACAUUUUUUUUUCAAUCAUAAAGACAUUUUGCCAUUUAAUCCCCUCCAUUUAAAGGCAUGGUAGAAAAAAGAGAUGGGGUACCAUUUUUAUAUAACCCCUGAAAUUAUUCCAUUUUGACAAAGCUGGCCUCCUUUACCCCUUUUAUGUUUGUCCAGAAUGUGUAAAUCAUACUCAUAAUCAUACAGUCCCUUAUCCUUCAGGUUCAGGUAGCUUUGUCAUCACUUGGAGAAUUUGCCCACAGUGAGUAGUAUUGCCACCUUGCAGCUUCAUCCUGAGCUGGAGUUACUGUCUGGCUUGAGUUUUGCAUGUUCUUCCCAUGUAAGAGUGUAUGAAUCUUUGAAUAUGUGUAAGAACAGUGUCUUAGCAUGGACAUCCCAUCCACUAAUACAUUCCAACUAUCUUGUUGGCUGUUCAGUUGAACGAUUUAAAUGUCAGUUGGAAAACAUGCUUUCUGCAGAUUUAAGAUUAAAAAAUAGUUGCAUCUCUCAACAGAGUUGUACCUCUUAAAUGUUUCUUUUUAGUUUGUUUUAUAGCCUGCUGUUUGAUUUUGGGGCAGAGCAACAAAACGUAUUUCUCCGUUGCAUCUUAGCUUCCCUUGAUCAUUCUACCAGCAGAUAGAGCUGUCAGUGUCUUCACUUGCAAAACAUUAACAGAUUUAAAUUAAGAAAUUGACAGGUAGCUUAUCAGGGCCGUGUAGCUUUAUUUCAAUUUUCAUAGGACUGCUUUCACUUCAGUUUUAUAAGCAUUCCUGUCCUUGUUAAUAACUAAGUAAUCAAAAUAAAAACCUGACUAAACACUAAUGCUAGCUAUUGCAGCUACAGUGAGUAGUAACCAGCUUCUGGUAUUUUUUACUGCUGUAAUUAUGUAUCAUUACAUAUGCUAUGUAUGUCUGAUCACGCUCCCUUCUUCUUGGCAAUACCAUGCUCACAUAUGGCAUCCUAGACGUGUCCAGUGCCACAGGUUAUAGAUAUCAGGCAUGAUAGGACAGUGGCAUAUUGCACGCAAUCUCACAAGCCUGCUUUGCACCCAGUGUUACUGGGAAAGGCUCAGUCUCCACUUUACUGAAAGUGAGUGCACUGUACACUGUACUGUUUUCCCAGCUUGUUUUUCCUAAGUUUUUCCUAAGAUGUUUGCACUAUUUGUGACUAUUCAACAUUUACCUUGAGACACUACAUUAUUUUUUACCACUACUUGUUUUCUAAUUGGUGAUGAAAGUCAAACGGUAAAUACUGACUAAUGAGUUGGUUUACUGUACCAUUCUCCUUUCUACAUUCAAAACAGCCCAGCAUCUUCCUCUGGGAACUUUGUGAAAGGAGGUGGCAUGUCAAUAUUUUUGUCAGAGGUAUAAAUCACAGUGAUUAAUAGUGAUUAAAUCACAGUGAGUCAAUAGAUUUUUCCAGUAAUAAAUACUUACUAUUAUGACACAUGUAACAUAACCUGUAUGACUGAAAAUCUUCAUAGUCCUUCUGAAUAAUAUUCUAAUUAUGUAUACAUGGAAACAUUGAUCUGCUCACUUUUUAUGUCCAUUUUGUUUUGGUCAUUUUAGCUGAAACCAUAAGUGAUUUUGAAUAUAUAUUAUGCCCCACCUGAAAAUGACUUUUUCCAGCAAAUCAAUGUGUCACAUUGCUUUAUGAUGAAUCUUAUCCAUUAGCAUUUCAGUUUUGCUUUUUGUGGCUUUUUGAUAAAUGUUUCUGAAAGACAUUUGCAAGGUGGCACAUAGUAGCACACAAAUUCAAGGUAAGGUAUUGGAGAGUAGGAAUUAAUAAUUGAAUUAAGGGGUAUAUUUUGCUUUCACAGUGUUGGCGUAUUUGAGGUGAAAAUGAACGUUGAUUGAUCAGUAUGAGCAAUGCAAUCAUUCUCAGUGUUACUGAGAUUUUUUCUUUGUAAUUAAAACAUCAUUCAUGAAUCCAAAACACACUGCUCUUUAAGGCAAAAUAAUGUUUUGAGAAGAGCUUUCAGCUUGAGCUUUCAGUUUUGUAAGGAUCGUGUAAUGUCUGCCACUUCAGUAAAAGCAAUUAGUCUGUCUAAUCUUUCCCCUGAAUUACAGACUAGAAUUCUGUUUACCUUUUAGAAUACACCGGUCAACUAAACAUUCUUGAUGAGAAGCAGGCAAGGAAAGGCAGUAGUAUGUGGCAUCAAUAAAAUUUGUAAUGUUAUUGUCUUUAUGACUAGAAUUCAAUAUACAUAUAUAUAUUUGCCAGAAUUUGUUUUCUAAAUUGUCACAAUGUGCUGUCAAGUUUUCGUAAAUUCUUUUGGUUUCCUGCAUUUCCUGUGGUCUGUAUCCUCCAGACAACUACAAAUAUUUUUGUGUUUGCAGUCAACACUUCAAACUGGACUAUGAAACAUGUUUGAAAUCAAAAAUGUUGGCAAAUUUGUUUAAGAAAAUGCAGAUUCCAUCUGUGUUCAGGACACAACGUGGAGCAGAUUGCGGUAGAAGUAGUAGCUAAUCUCUUCUAGCAAAUACUUAUCUUCAUUGACAAGAAAGUUGGCUCCUAAGGUCAUCACAAAGCUAACCAAUCAUGCAACAUUAUGACCAUAGUGUUUGUGUUGAUUCCAUCUUCUGUUAUUUGGCUCAAUGUGAUUUUGAAUGACCUGCAGUUGGUCUCUGCUUGCCUCCUGCUGAUCUUCUCAUUGGUGCAGUUUUUCUGCAUAUUCAAGCUUAUUGGUAUGUGAUAGCUUAGUGGUUAAGGUGUUGGACUGGAUUAAAAGGUUGAGUUCGACUCCCAGGUUUGCCAAGCUGCCACUGCUGGGCCCCUAGGCCCUUAACCCUCAAUUGCUCAGUUGUAUAAGAUGUGACAAAAUGCAAGCCACCCUAGAUAAGGGAGUUAGAUGUCACUGUACAACAAUAACUCAAAAAAAGAAAAGUCCUUUCUGUCACUAGAAUUAUCUAUUGGCUCCAAUGCAUACAUACAAAACAAAACGAUGUUUUAAUAGCAGUACCCAUAUACCCACUCCCAAUUCCAUCCCUACAUUCCCCACACAAACGUUCUAGUUAUUCACGUUUUUUGCAUCCACAUCCAAGAUAUGUAAUCUGAAAGGAGUUUCCCCAGUAUUUAAACUGACAAAUCCUACAGCAGGACCACUGUGUCAGUGCUAUAUGAUGUGGUAGCAUGUAUGUAAAUAUGUCAGUGGUUCUAAAUGUAGGUCUUAAAAUGAUCACAGUAGUCUACUUAUGCCAUUGGACAAGAGCCAACAGCCAGGUUAGUCCGAAAGGAAAGAAAAGCACUAAUUAUCACUCAUGUUUCCAUAUUCUUUUCACUUGUGAAUUUUUUUGCUGAUUUUAUGAAAGAAGGCUCAGGUCUGGUGUGUGUGGAAAAGCUAGUUAGUUAUAGGAAUAGAUUGCCAGGUGCCCAAUGAUCCAUACCAACCAUCCUUCACAGUUUAUUCAACAUGAACAGAUCCAUACCAAAUCUUGUUUUAUUAUACUUAUUUCCUUUCAUCUUUGGGAAAGGGACUUUGUACUUUCUUACUGAAUAUUAUAGAAACUUGGUCAUGUGUUUUACUUUGUGUAAAAACCUGUAUAAAAAAAAAGGAAACACUUAUUUUUAUACCAUGCAGAACUAUUUUGCUGUUUAAAGGACAGUUAUUCCUUUCUGACAAUAUUUUGAUAUACAAAAUGUCCAGAUUUUUCUUUUUCCUCCACAUUUUCUUUCAGUUAAACUGACAAAUUGACAACUGUAUAAAAGUUGCAGUGUGACACUAGGAGAUUGAGAAGUGUGAUACAGGUAGCUUAUAUUCAUUCUGAGUUCCUUGUAGGCAUGUGAUUCUUUUAUGUGGAUCGACUUUGCCAUUGCUUUCUCCUCUGUCUUAUUCCUGUUUUUUUUUCUCUCCUUCUCCAGACUGAAUUAAAACACCUUUACAGUCACAGUGAGCAGCUAAAAUUUUUCUGAAUUAUUUGCAGUAAUUGCAUGUAUGCCUUAUGGCUUUCUGUUUGUCACAACCUUGAAUUUUCUUUAGUUUGUACCAUGAAAGCCGUAGCAGGUUUUAUCCAAACAACAUCCUGUAUCUUUCAAUUAAUCCUAAAUUCUAGCCUCUCUAUGAAUUCAAUUAAAUUAAAUCCUGCACCUCCCUCAUUUUGUUUAGUUUGAUUAUAAGUGUAUUUAGAGAUUUGUUUUUACUUUUCAAAUCAUUCUGCCAUGCACUUUAUUUGGAGUUGUAAUGCUUACAUGUACAAGUAAGUAAUAUAUUUAAGCUUGUUCCAAAGGAUAUCUGUGUUCUUUCAUGAUUUCUUUAAUGUCUUUUAAGCCAGUUUAAUAAAAUCCUUUUGUGUAUAUUAUCUUAAAGCAUUUUUUAAGCUGAAAAAGGCACUUAAUGUCAUGGAAAUGUUUUUGUUGUUUUGGAGUAAAUUUUGUGAAUGUAAUUGCUGGUCAUUUUAUUUGUAUUAAAACAUAUAACUUACAAAUCUACGACUGAGGAAAUUGUGUAUUCAUAAUUUUGCUGCUCAGAGGACAUCAACUAGAUCAACAAGCCUCUUGAUAGAUUUGGCAGCCUAGAAUGUAAAACCUGGGACUUGUAUAUCCAACAAAAAUCGGCA